AGACAACCAAGCCAACAAGAGAAAUUUACAAGUUCAAAUGACUGAGCAAGAUUUCGUUUCGGUACAUUGAAGACGCAGCGGAUCGAAGCACCAAAGAACCAUGCACGUCCUUAAAGAUAAGUUUCACCGUAAGUAUAGCUACUAUAGCUAGUUAUCCUUUGUUCUAUCUGUGCUGCAGUAUAGAGAAUAAUUAGUCAUGAUUAGUAUGUUCUUGUAGUUGUUUACUUUUUUCGUAAGUGCAUGCUCUUUCGAUCGACGGGUCGAUAAUUCUAACAUUAAAAUUUCGCCUGCUCGUUAAAAGAUCAAUCCUUAUACGCUUGGAAUAUAUUAAUGGGCUGAAAGCUCUACAUCGGAUCUGGUGAUCGAAGAAUGGGGACAAAUUACAAACUUUUGUACGUAUGUUCAUCGGUGUACAAGAACAUCUAUUCUUGUACGCUUUAUACAAGAAAGUACUUGCUCAUUUGAUAGCCUGACUACGAUGUUAAUUCGUAGUAAGCUCCACUGGCUUAUCGCAACUUCUGAUUGAUAAAAAAUUUGACAAACGAUUUUAAAGAGAAGUCAACUCUCAGUUUGUACAGCGCCCGGUACAGCGGUGUGAUACUCACAAAAACUCCAGGCUGCCGUCAUUGAAUAUUGACUUCGGAUAAUUAUUUAUCAGCCUCCCUCUGUGCCUUUCAGAUCAUAAUUCAAAAUAGCCUUGAUUCAGAUGGAUUUUUGUUUAAAACCAGACAUGGCAAGUUGAAAAUUUGAGAUAAUAAAGACUGCUCUACAGCGAUGAUCAGGAAAGGAUAAAAUAAUCAUGCUGUAAAUCAUUGAUAUCGCUUCACGCUGAAUUUUAAAAAUUUAAUUGACUCAUGCUGUUUGAUAUUUCAAUUACUAACUCACGAUGUCUGCAAACAGUUGCUGGAUUUGUAUAUUUUUAAAUUAAAACCUAUUAGAAGGUAACUAACACCUGAUGUGCUGAUCAAGUGUUCUCGAGUAAGGAGCAAAUUUGAACUGAAAAACAGCCCUUUUUGGUCGUAAUCCUUCUGUAAACAGAUCAACAUACAAGGGCAUACAGCCAACAAUACGAUAAAAAUACAGAGCGUCACGGUUGCGCGAUUGCAGUAAAAAUAUCUUCACCCCGAUGAUCAUAACAAGGCAAUCGUCCAUGCUACAACUUCGCACUAGAGGAAGAUAUAGAUUUUGGCUGUCAAGAUACAGUAAACUCUCCUCACGGAAAAAUUCUGUAACUGCAAAUGCCCCAGCCCUACCCCCUCAACAAGAAGCCCUCGUUUUGUAGGCGUGUUGGGGGUGGUAGAGGUCAAGCACAGGAAAAAAUAACAGAUUCCCAAUAUUGGAUAUUUUAGAGAGUAUUUAAAGAAUACCCACAAAAAGCCCAAAUUUGGCAAAGUGAGACAAGUCCCAACCAGGGAAUUCCCAACCAAGUUCCCUGGUUGGGACUUGUCUCACUCUUCCAAAUUUGCGAUUUUUGUGGGUAUUUUUUAAAUACCCCAAAAUAUCCAAAAAUGGGAAUCUGUUAUUUUUUCCGUGAAGGAGGGCUAGUCUGAAAGUGCACAGCAUAAAUUUCUGAAUAAAUAAAUAAAUAAAUAAGUAAAUAAACAAAAAGAUCACUCAUGACGAAGUAAAAUCGCAUUUCAUUUGAACUUUUCCCGAAACAUUUAAGUUCAAGUCUUAGUUUUGGAGAAAACUGCCACCCUAAAAAUUUUCACAUUUUCAGAUUCCCACUUUUAAAGAUCCCCAUUCAAAAAAUUUCCGUUUUUAAAGAUUCCGCUUCUAAAGAUUCCUCGUAUCAAAGUUUCGCAAUUCUCCUUUUUAAGAUUCUUCGCUUUUUUUUCCCGUUCUCCCUUUUCAUUCUUCGAUUCCGACCAUUUCCCCCUACAUGAUUGUAACCCGUUUUCAGGCAGCCGUUUUUAACCAACCUGGCUCCCAGUAUUCUCUUCUACUACGUAGGAGAAAACCCUGGGAACAUGUUUUUUGCCCUGGGCAUCGGGCCCUGAUAUUUCACGUUUUCUCGCGAGCGGCUGGAUGCUUCGAUAUCGGCCGAGGGCCGAAGAAGUGGGUCACUGUGAAGACUUGAACAAUAUCGGAAAUCGCACAUGAAAAGUCUCUGGUUCUUAGGGUGGGCGUUGUUAUACUCUUUUUUAAUCAUGACCUUUUGUUUGCCUCAACACUGUGUCUUGCGGUCAUCACGUGAAUUGGAAAAGAAAAAUGUGUUUUGAGUGGAAAAAGUAACUGUAAAUUGGGCGCGUAAUUCUAAGUGGUUUACCUAACCUGCAUGGUCUCAAAGUUCUCAAGAAAAAGAAAACGCUCUCGAGGUAGGGUAUGCAUGUUUGACUUUCAUUGCACUUUAAUUUCACAUUCCAAUGCCAAUCAGUCUUUUUUCAUAUAUGCGAUUUUAAAUCCAUGCCAUCUUUGCGAAUAAGUAAAAUUCGGGAUAACAAACAGCCCAAAAGAGUUUGUUAUUCAGUGUCUAGCUAUUCCAUGACGUGGAAACGUCUCGAGCGGCUUUGCUCAUGGAUCAUUGGUUCGUUUUCGAGUUGAUAUUUUUAUCGCGCGAAAGUGAAAACAAUUGAAAGUCUGCGAUAGAGGCGUCAUGAGGCUGUCGCACAGUUUUUACAUCGAAUUUUCUGCGGUUUAUCUUUUAAAAUCCAAUUUUCAUCUCCUUCAUGCAUAUGCAUCCAGAAGCAAAUUGUGUUACCCAUAUAACGGGUUAUGUGUCGAUGAAAUAUUUUUUUAGAAAUACGCUUUCGACUCAAAUUUUUUACGUGCUGACUCAGCUCUAAACACAGAGAGGAGGAGUAUAGUUUGGAGUGAUUAGGCAAAAAAUAAUUCUUACCUCUUUGAUUACCGUUAUCUGUUUCUUCUUCCAUAAAUUGCCCUCGUACAAUUCGUGGGAAGUCAUUUGUUAGGGUUCACCGCUAAACAAUCCUUUCGAUCAUGACUUUCGUUCACUACUAUUUUCGGAAACACAACGACCGCUGAAUGAAGCGCUAAUGGACUCUCAAGUUACUUAAGCUUUGCUUAGAGUAAUAUUAGAAUGCGGAAAGUGGAGGAAACAAGCUAUUCUGCGAAUUCCUGCAGCUCAGAUAGAAUUCAAUGAAAUGGCCUGAUUUUAACACGGAGGGGCUUAUAUGGUUCGUGUGGAUCACGUGACUCACGGUUUACAGUAUGAGCGUUCCAAAGCAUCGGGGAUACUUAGGUCUCUUUGUUCUUUGCUAUUUUGUUAUUACAGUUUAUUGGUCUUUGUUAAAAUAACAAGAUUUGGAUACCGUCAUUAUUAUAAAAGUUUCUUUACGGUAUAUGUACUUACAAGCACGUUUCCAGUGCUCUUCCGGCUCUCAGGCUAUGUGGUACUAGGGAGCUGCGAUACUAGUGACCAAACGAUUCCACAAAACAAAAUUUGGGGCUGUUUUUACUUUCACUUUUCGGUCUUUGCGGUGGGCUAUUACGACAUUUUUCAAUCGCCGCAUCUAAUUCUCAGCGCCUUUUUUAAUGUCAGAUGGACACGAGGUCAGUCUGACGAAGGGCUUGCUCGAAACGUAGUCGCCUUUCCAGUCUUUUGCGGUGAUAAAUUGACCGUCAUAAUAAAACCAAGUUUUGUGUUCCACGCGAGCAUGACGCGAGUAUGUAUAGCUUUUGUAAUGGCUUCCAAAAGCGUUGUCUUUCUCUGUUACUCGACAAAAUUGUAACCUUAUUGCGACCAUUGCCUAAUUUCAAAUCAAGACGGACUGGGCAAUCCGUGUAUUAUGGGAUAAACAACACGGUACCCGCAUAGUCCGAAAGAGAAAAUCGAGAUUCACAAAAUGCUUAAGUUUGGAGUUUAUCGGGCAUAUAUUCCCGAGAAAAUCCAUACAUCUCUUGGCAAAUUUUCAAGUUUUUAAUAGCUGUAUCUUGUUCUAUAUCAGCCAGAUUAACACCAAAACUUGGGAAUUUUUGAAAGCUCGGUCUGCCGUUUAACAUACGAGUGCGCGUUGGAUAUGAGUUGGCUAUAAUCAUCUCAUAUUCAACAAGCCUGAGUGGAAUAAUUUUUUUUUAUUAAAAACGCCAACAAAAUAUCAAGAAUUCUUCCCGACUUUAUUUGUAGAAACAGCCGAUUUCAGCUUGUCUUUAAUUUCGAGCAGACGCGUACAGUUACCAUAUUUGGAAAGCAUGGUAUAAUGGCUCAUAUACCGUGAAUGCUAAGCUAACCAUCAGAGCUCUAGAAUUGUAUUAUCCAAUGAUUCAGUUUUUAAUAAUUCUCAUCCGAUAAUAUUAUCAGUAUCUCGUGUUGUUUAUCCCAUAAUACGCGGACUCAUACCCAGCCCCCUCGGUUUGAAAUUAGACAAUUUUCAGGGCUAAGAAUGACAGUUUUUAAUUGUAGACAUUGGACAUCACCACAGUUUUAAGCAUGGCCACGGAGACAAACGAAACGGAUCCAAGAAUAAAGAAAAAGAUAAAGAAGAUGCAAAGAAAUCGGGUAAGAACUGGAAAAUGCAGCAGCUAUAGUUUAGUUGUGUCCUCAACCCGGCUUUGGCUCAUUCCCAGGCAAGCUUGCCAGCUCGCGGCUCUCCGGACCACGCGCGCAUUUGUAGGCAGCCUGCUUGCUAAGCCCAUGGAGAUUAAAAAGACUUUCUAAACUACCGUAAAAUUCCGAAAAUAAGCCCCGGGGCUUAUAUUUUUCAAAGGCCCUUUUUGAGGGGCUUAUUUUUGGAGGGGCUUAUAUUCGGAGGGGCUUAUCUGCGUAGGGAAAUUUGCGUUCCAAAAUCGAUUGGGCUAGCCUUAUAGUUGGAAGUAAAUUUACCGUUUUUGCGUUGUUUUACUUUGUAUUUGAGGGCAAUUUUCCAAGUACAAGCCCCCGGGGGCUUAUAUUUGGAGGGGCGAGUUAACGGAGGGUUUUUUGCGUUACCGGUUUGGGGGGCUUAUUUUGGAGGGGCUUAUACGUGGAGGGCUUAUUUUCGGAAAUUUACGGUAUUUAUUUUAUUCAGACCAAAGAAACGUUUGUUUUUGCCGCGCCACGA